CAUCUCCACAGUUGGCCGCCAUUCAAAAGCAAUUGAAAUUCGAAAUUAAUAACCGUAAGCCGUAGUGGAGUUACGACACUACGUACGUAGUGCCAAGUGGCUGGGAGCAACACAGUGUCGUAGUAGGCGUGCUGUGGCAUGAAGGCAGUCAGUAGAAGCAAACAAAAUAUAAAGAGCUGAGGCAUAUACAGCCAGAGUGCGGAAUAAAGACAGCUAAACAGUGAGCGAACGUUGGGGUCAGCUUGUGGAGUGAUUGGAAUGUUGGGAGCUAAGCCAAAAACCAGGACCAAGUCCAAGUCAAAGUCAAAGCAUAACUCGCCGCGAUUCUACAAUCCAACGGACCUGGUGCAGCUAAUGCAGCCGCUCAAGAUGCCGUGGACAGUGUCGUCCGACCAUGGACGACACCGACCCAAAUCGGAAAUCGUGAGGGAGCUGCAGCGCAUGCGCCACCUACCGAUGCGCGUCGACGAAGACGCCGUUGAGGUGGACACAGAGGAGGGGGUAACGCCAGCUUCGGUGCCGAUUCGAACGCUCGAGCAGCUGGACGCGCUGCGCCUGACGCGGCAUCGCAUCGAGCAGCUGCUGCGUUGCACCAACUUUGAGCUGGCGGUGCUCAGUUGCUUUGUGCGCCUGAAUGUCAAUCCAAUGAACGUGCCGCUCGAGUAUCGCAUUGCCGAGAUCAUGGGCACCACGGAGCUGGCCGAGGGCUAUUAUGUGGGCAAGACUCCGACGAAUAUUGUGCUCCAUUUGCGCUACGAGGAUCUGGUGGUGAAGCACGAGCUGAACGACAUCUCCAACAUGGCGUUCACGCCCGAGGAGUUUGAUUACUGGCACGACAACUGCAUCUGCCAGGGCAUCGAGUGGCCCACCAUCGAGCUGAUCUCGCGCAAAAAGGUCGAGCUCUACAAUGCGCUCAACAGCGAGGGUAAGCUCACCUCCAUUUUAAAGCAUACCGGCUUGAUGCCGCUCGCGAUGCCGAUGCGUCCGGUGCCCAAGGGCGAGCUGCUGGAGCGUAUGGGUGGUAUCUAUCCAUGGAAAUUGCAGCGCCCACCGCCGCCGCUGCCAUCGCCGCCGCCACCACCACCGCCACCACUGGAACUUCAACCACCAAAUUCUGAAGUUCGAGAAGAUUCUGAAAUAUGCGUUAAGAUUGAGCCCGAAUCCAAGGAGCUCAGCCAGGCGUUGUCGGAGGCGGAGUCACCGGCAAAGGAGGAGCUGUAAGUGCCAUGCCCGGACUUGGCCAUACCCAGUACCUAGCGAGUGCCGGGCACAUCGACCAAUGCCUCGAUUUGAGACACUAAAUUCGGAAAUAAUUGCAUCAUUCUUUUAGUUUUGGUUCACCAUAUUUCUUUGA